AAUGUUAUAAACAAAGAUUCACUAGAGACUGCUGCAUAUUUUGGCAACAAUAUUUUGAUCCGACAUUCGACGACGAAACGGUAGCGUUUUGAAUAUUUGUUUAUCAGCUACGUUACACUUGGAAAAUCCCAAAUCCCCAAAAAUCCAAAAUUAGACCUCGGAUCAAGUUCAAAUUUUACACACAUGUCGGCGCUACCCUUAAUGGCGUUCCAUAAAAAAAUCAAACAUUUUCGCCACAAGGAAAUUGUCUUCGGAAAAUUUCGCCAAAAGGGGCCGCCAAAAACGACGACAUUGUGUAUCUUUAUACUUCCUUCCCUAAAAGUGGGUCCACAGCCCAAACCGUAAAUGGUGCAGAAACGUCAAUAGCAUGACUAGAUCCAGGUCCGUGAGGUCUACGCAGACGACAAAAUCCAGACAUACCGGUCACUAGGUGGCGCUAUACCAAGGAAAAACGCGUUUGGGGCUAUAACUCCCACACCGAACCUCUCACAGUCAAAACCGUUAUAUCCACAGGUUCACGGUAGCGUUUGGAGUACAUGAUUCGCGUUGUGCCGGCAAAAUGCACAUCGCUUGGACCCCUGGAUAACUGCUUGCAGUUGUAGUUCCUUUUAUUACUGAACUUUUCGGACAUAGACACUACAUUUAUUUUAUAAAUAAUGUUAAUGGCACUUUAUAAUUAUUGUUGUUUUGUGUUCUCUGUAUUUGUAUGAUGUGUCAUACUGAAAUUCUCUUGAUUUCUCUUUCAGGGUUUGGUUGGAAUCCAUCAUUCAGUAGCGGACAGGAGAGAACUCCUCGUCCGCCAAAAGGGUUUGGUUGGAAUCCAUCAUUCAGUAGCGGACAGGAGAGAACUCCUCGUCCGCCAAAAGGGUUUGGUUGGAAUCCAUCAUUCAGUAGCGGACAGGAGAGAACUCCUCGUCCGCCAAAAGGGUUUGGUGCCCUACAAAGGAGAAGUGCAGUAACUACGUCAACAUUGAAACUGAGAAAAAUGCCUUCAAAGUUUUCAUACUGGCCGGCCAAACCUGUUGCAGAUUGGCCAGUGCCGUCAAGCAGUAGCGGACAGGGGAGCUUGUCCAAGCCUGAGCUGUCCGGCCCUGGGGUCUCUAAGUCGUCACUUCCAUUUUCAUUUGCUGGUGGCAAGCUGCAGCCGGUGGCGUCAGGCAGUAGCGGACAGCGGAGCUUGUCCAGGUCUAAGCUAAGCUGUCUAAGUGUCCCUGUGGACUCUGAGUCGUCACUUCCAAUAUUAUGCGACUCUCCUGAAGUGGGACCUUCUCAGGAGAAAACACCGGACCCCGAAAGGACUGAAGUUAAUCUUAACGCGACCGGCAAUGGCAGUGAUGUCAACAUCACUCCGGUUCCUCGAACAGGACGUGUAUGGAAUCGUAUUAAAUCUGUCUUUUUAAAGAAGCAGUCAUUCAGUACCAGACAGGGGCGCCUUUCUGGUGCGGCGUACGAUGAUCCUCACCGCAGAAUGCCUAAAAGCGACGGCAUGCUGGACGACGAAGAUGAUGAAGAGGAUGAAGAGGAGAUGCACUUCAAGACACGUUGUGAAAAAUGUAAAGCAGCUCACCAGACUCCUGAGAAUGAGAAGGUUACCCCAAUGAAGAUUUCUAAGUGGAGCUUCCAGGUACAGCUGGAAGGCGAGGGGACCUAUGAGUGUUCGGCUACAGGUCUGGUGUUUGAAGUGUCGGAGCAGGCUCUGGUCCGCUACUCGGUCCUGUCCUGGUUCCAAUUCUCUGAGUUCCUCAAAGACUCCUGGAGACCUGCUGGAUCGGUUUAUGAUGUGGAUGUGGACGAUCCAUCUGUGCUCAAGUUUAUCCAUUUCCCACACUCUCUGUGCCUUGCUGAACCUGAGCAUGAGCUGAGCUUCAGUGUUCUGCAUGUAAAGGAACGCCAUGCCAACAUUGAGACGACGGUGGACUUCACGGCGAGCCAUGUUAAAUGGCGCGUGUCCUCGCUUUCUCUCCUGGCUCCCAUCAUUCCGGAAAGUCAGAAGAUAAAGCACCACGCGUUGGUGUUGAUUUACAAGGAGCUGAACAAAUACCACAAAAACAAAUUUGUCUUCCACCUGUUUUUGGCCUCGAACUACGACUCUGAGAUCCAGGCUAUUAAUAAACAGGUGCUCAAGUCCAGGAAGAAAUGCAUCAAGAUUUACAAACCGGCCGCCUGUAGGCUGGAAGAGAAGUUCUACCACCUCACAAGCGAGCCAGAAAGGAAUAUUGAGCCUCCGAAACUAGAAUUCGUCACUGAAGUGUUAGCGCUGAAGGGCUUUUCUGAAGCAUGCUUCGGUGAGCGUCCUCCUUUCAGAUUGUUUCUCAUGGACUCAGACUGUGAUGAACUUUUGUGGUCUGCUACAAUCAGAGAAGAUGAUUGGAACGGCGAGAAAUCAAAUCUAUGGAAAAUAUUCCGAUUUCUUUCGAGGAAGUCCCAUGGGGCCAACAGCAGACAGAGAGUUGCUGCAGGGACUUCUGAUUUCCGAUCUUCACCUCGCCUCUCUCUGGUGCAUGAGAAAUGUCGUAGCAAAAUGGAUCCGGGACAUGUUUCCAGCACUCCAGCUCCCUCCAGUGAAUCACAGCCUGCAGGCCAAGCAACAUCCAGCCCUCCAGCUCCCUCCAGGGCAACACAGGCUGCAGGACAUCCAACAUCCAGCACCACAUCCAGCCCUCCAGCUCCCUCCAGGGCAACACAGGCUGCAGGACAUCCAACAUCCAGCACCACAUCCAGCCCUCCAGCUACCUCCAGGGCAACACAGGCUGCAGGAUAUCCAACAUCCAGCACCACAUCCAGGCCUCCAGCUCCCUCCAGGGCAACACAGGCUGCAGGACAUCCAACAUCCAGCACCACAUCCAGGCCUCCAGCUCCCUCCAGGGCAACACAGGCUGCAGGACAUACAACAUCCAGCACCACAUCCAGGCCUCCAGCUCCCUCCAGGGCAACACUGGCUGCAGGACAUCCAACAUCCAGCACCACAUCCAGCCCUCCAGCUCCCUCCAGGGCAACACCGGCUGCAGGACAUCCAACAUCCAGCACCACAUCCAGCCCUCCAGCCACCUCCAGGGCAACACAGGCUGCAGGACAUCCAACAUCCAGCACCACAUCCAGCCCUCCAGCUCCCUCCAGGGCAACACAGGCUGCAGGACAUCCAACAUCCAGCACCACAUCCAGCCCUCCAGCCACCUCCAGGGCAACACAGGCUGCAGGACAUACAACAUCCAGCACCACAUCCAGCCCUCCAGCUCCCUCCAGGGCAACACAGGCUGCAGGACAUCCAACAUCCAGCACCACAUCCAGCCCUCCAGCCACCUCCAGGGCAACACAGGCUGCAGGACAUCCAACAUCCAGCACCACAUCCAGCCCUCCAGCUCCCUCCAGGGCAACACCGGCAGAAGGGGAGCUUCAAAGGAUCCGUUCUGAAUUCGUGAAGAGAGUUUCAAUCAAAGUUAUCAAAGGUCUCCUGGAUGAUCUUUUGCAGCAGAAGGUGUUCAGUACUGAGGAAAAGGACUCUCUGAUGGAGGAGCUGAGGAGCACAACAGACCGGGCACGGUGUCUGAUCGAUGAGGUGAUGAAGAAAGGGGAGAGAGCAAGUCAGGUGAUGAUUGAUAGUAUGAAGGUUAGGGACAAUCACUUAUGCCUCACCCUGGAACUGUAGCCUGGCUAUAUAUCCAGAUACAGGCGGAUGUCAGGUUGGCUUGUAACCAGAAGGUUGCUAGUUCGAUCCCUUCUCUUUGUCCCUGAGCAAGACACCUAACCCUAACUGCUCCUGACGAGCUGGCUGUCACAUUGCAUGGUUUACUCCGCCGUGUGUAUUAGGGCUGGCCCGAAUUAUUCAAAUAUUCGAAUACUCGUUCGGAAAAUUAGUAUUCAAAGCAUAAAUCAGUAUUCGGAGCUUCGUUUUUUUUUUUUUUCACGUACAUGACGUUACCAGAGCGAGGGAGGCAAACUAUAAGCGACUCCAAGCAGAGAAGCGAGAGAGGUGGAGGAAGAAUAGAUAUCUUAUUUCCCUUUACUUUAUAACACAACAUUAGCGGGAUCUCGGGAGGAAAAGUAAUACUUACCGAAAUGCUAACCUUAGCUUAGUUGUUUACGUUCGCUGUACAGCGCCGCGCCAAUCAACUGUGACUGGCUUGCUGCAGAGUGUGAGCGUCUUGGGAAUACCCGGUCAAUAUAAUGGAUAUAAUAUGGCCAUAUAAGACAAUCAAUAUUCUGUAUUUGUUAUGGAUUUAUUUAACAAAUUCCCUGAAAAGAUGCACGUUCCAGGAUGAAAUGAAAAGUUCCCGUAAGGGCUGAGAUGGCAGAGGACAGCUGAUUUGGAACGGGAACUGUUCGCUUUCACGGGGAAAAACUAAGGAACUCCAACUUAUUUAGGUCUACUAAUUAACGUUCAAAAGCUAUUAAAUCUUCAACAAAAUGUGCAGAUACUGUCAAAAUUGGUUCCAGGGAGUAUAUAGGGAUUAUUAAUGUUGUUUUUGAUGGUGUGUUUUUCUGGAACGAAUAUUAAAAUAUUUGCUCGGGUAACCAACGAGCAUUCGAAGCCUGAAAAAUGGCAUUCGGGCCAGCCCUAGUGUGUAUGAAUGGCUGUAAAUCGCUUUGGAAAAAAGCGUCUGCUAAAUGCCCUAAAUGUAAAUAUAGAUGAUUUACGUAUAAAAAAAGAAAAAGAAAAAAGUUAGAUCGUGAUCCCAGACUUGGUAAAACAAGUUGACAUUGUGCCAAUGAAAGUUUUUUUGUGUUUGUUUAUCUUGACAUUUUUGAUAAUCCACAUUAUCAUCCUUACCACAUCAUCUUGAUUAGCACAAUCUUUAAUCAUAUUCCCCAAGUGGCUCAUAUCGUUUUUAUAAAUAUGUUAACAUUGAUAUGAGCAAACUCCCACUCGCAGGGUUUUCACAUUAACAGUAUCCUGACACAGGAAUGAUAUUGUUUUAAAAUAAAAAUGGUUUGUGGAAAA